UUCCAGAAACACCACUCACGCACCAUUCGUCGCCCGUGGAUGUUGCCGAUGUCGGAGAAGUUAGUCGUUCCAACCAAACCAAGACAAGACUGAGUACUGACACAACGACCUCCCCUCCCCCUCCACCCCCCACACACACCACCACCACCACGGCAUGUGUGUUUCAUUACUGCACUAGGCUAGGCUACUAAUGUGUCACUAACUGGUGACUGCCAUCAGGACGUUUUGGAGACGCUACACACAAGACGUUGUGUUAGUAUUACAGAGCAGCCUGCCAACGAUUGUCUUGAAAGUGUGAGACUUACAUAAAUAAAGGAGACGGGGAUUUCAAUUGUGUGAAGUAGUGUUGAAUCUGUUCCUCCUAAAAAUCGACUUGGAUGGAAAAAGAGAAAAGAAAAAGUAAUAAUAGAUCUAGAUCUAGUAUCAGUAUCUGUGGUCUCAGGAAAGGUGUUUAGAAUAUGGAUUUUCGUGUUGCCUCUGUCAGCGUGUGUGACUAUUAUGCCUAGCCGAAGCCGAAUAUGAACAUCAUAAACCGGACUGCUUUUGCAGAGUUUUAGUUUUAGUAAAAGUGUGGGUUUUUUUUUCACGGCAGUUGCAACACAAAUAGGUCUUCACAUCAGUGACGUCAGACUGUUUAGAUCACGUGACCAGGUGGUAGCAAUGCCAGGAAGAUGGUGGCUACACUCACAGGAAUAUCUGCGGAAGAAAAACUGACGUCAGAGACAGGCGGUGACGUCACGGCGAGGUAUGGGACUGUGGAGAGGAACGGACGAGUGGGGCAGGAGGAGGAGGAGGAGUGUCGGAAGGAGGGAGGAGACGGGAGGAGAAAUGUGGUCGUGGAUACAGAACAGGCGGAGCUUAUUGGUGGAGGGGAGGAGAGGACCCUUACCACUGCCACCAGGGUGUUCCUCGUUGUCUGCCAGUUCGGCAUCCUCUCCUUCUACAUACAGAUCAUCGGCACAACAGCUCAGGAAGUGUCUAUUGUCACCAUUGUUCAGUACGCAUGCGCCAACCUGCAGCCCAUCUCGCAGUUCCCUUUGGUGACCCCUGACCCGUGGACCAUCCCACUGUUUGUGGGGGCGUCAGUGUUCACCGUGGAAGGGAUUCCCAUGAUCCUCCCCCUGGAGAACAAGACUAAGCGUCCCCAGGACUACGGCGGAAUAUGUGGACUCAUCACCAUGGCAACCACCUGCAACAUCUGCCUCAACGUCAUGGUCGGUUUCUAUGGUUACUUGUCCGUGGGGGACCACGUCACGGGAAACAUUCUCGUCUCUCUCCCAGAGAAAGGGUUCUACGACGCUGUGUCUAUCGUGUACUCCGUGGCGGUGUUCUUAACCUACACCCUGCAGCUGUACCUCCCAGCAGAGGUUAUGGCCACUUCUAUCAAAGCCAGGGUCAAGGCCACGUGGAUCCAGAACAACGCUAACUGGAUGUCAAGGACGUUCAUCGUUGUAGCUUCUU